AUGGAUCUUUUUCUCCAAUUCAAUUCCCAUCAUUUCCUGAAAACUGGUCCAAUCCAACAAACCCAUCCAAACCGGCUCAACCCAAUCUCCUGCCGAGCCAACAAUUUGUACCACGUGCUCUCACUCUCAUCGGAAAAUGUUGGGCCCGAGGAGAUAAAGAAGGCCUACAGAAAGCUGGCCCGACAGUACCACCCGGACGUCCGACCCGCAUCCGGAAAAGAAGAGUCGACCCGCCGGUUCUUGGAGAUCCGAGAAGCUUACGAGACGCUUUCCGACCCGGCCUCCCGCCUGGCCUACGACUACGAGCUCAGCACGGCGAGCUCGAGCGGAAGGCCGCGGCGGAGCGAGCGCUCAACGUCGUCGUCGUCGAGGGCGGUGUGGCAAAUGCAGCUCCACGGGCUGAAAGAGCGGUCCCGGGUCAGGAUGGAGAGAAAGAGUUAUUGUAGUACUUAA